UCAUAGUGAUGUCAGGACAGGGAGGGCUUACCGCAGGAGAUAAGGCCAGCUAAUGGAGAUGAAAUGAAUCGGUAUUUAAAAGGUCUCUCUUAGUUAAGGCACUUUGCUGGCAGCAGAUUGUGCUCACUCCGCUGCCCAGUUGGAUGCUGAAGGAGAGACAGAGGAGAGACAAGCUCUUAUCGGUUUGAAAUUACGUUCAGGUCGUAUUUUUGUUUUUUCUUUUCACCUGAAUUGCAGCAACAACACCUGCAAGCUCUGCCAAGGUAAAGGAUUCCUGUGGCGGUUGACGGUGGUGUGUUUGUGAUGACCCCCCGGGAGCAGCUGAGGAAGAUGACGGCGCUGGGCGAACAGGGGACUCUGGAUGAGAAGCACUGGUACCGGCUGGUCAACGGCAUGUCAGCUGGAGAACUGAGGCAAAGACAGGAGCUGAUAAUGAGGAACCAGAUGGCCAUGGCGCCGCAGAUCCUCGCUCAGGGCCAGCAGAGGCUGCAGGGGGUCCCGGCACAGUUCGAACCUCGAUUUAUGGAGAGGGAGUUGGUUCCUCCCACAGAGAUGGUAACAUCCGAGGCAAGGCAGAUGCACAUGGGGCCUCACCUCGGCCCACCUCUUCCGCCUCACGCCAACGUCCUACCUGGCAGAACCUUCCCGGGACCAGCUGGCUACGGCUUCCUGCCCUCGGAGCCAAUGGAAACGGUUGCCCGGCGACAGGAGCUCAUACACAAGCAAAACAUAGCAAGGAUGGAGAUGAAUGCCAUCCUGCACCAGAAGGAGCUGGAGAACGCUCACCAAAAAGGGCUGAUGGGGAUGGAGAAUCCUAUGUCGUACCAUUCCAACCCCAUGCUCUUCAGAGGCCGCCAGCGCAUGCCGGACGGCCACGACGUCUUCGUCCACCGUCCUUCCCUGGAUGAGCUGCACUCCAACAGCAUACUCAUGUCGGCCAGCCCCUACCCACCCAUCAGCUCGCUGCACAGGGAGAGAGGGCGGAGAGCUGGGCGGAGGCCCGCCGUCCACAAGAGCACGGAGAACCAGGCAGCCAACCUGAAGGGCCAAACUGAAGACAAAAGUGUAGAGCAGAGUCCAGAGGCCACAUCUGGAGAGGAGAAAGAGCUGGAAGUGAAGGGGGAUGUGGGAGAAGAGUGUGGCACGAGUAAAACACACCACCAGACGAAAACAGACUCUGAGCUGGCCACAGGAAGCAGGAAGAGCUACAAAGAGGGAGAGGCCGGGCUGCGUAAAACCUGCGCCGCAGCCCAGGACGGUUGUUCAGAUAUGACCAACGGGGCUUCCAAUGAUAAAGAAAUACCCGGUCAGUGUUCUGCUUUCCAGGAAAAGUUCAUUUACCCUUCCACUGGCGGAGCUCUCACAGGGAUGCCUUACGUCUUCCCUGUCCCAGGAAACGGCUUCCUUCCAACUGGUCCACCAAAUCUCUUUCUGAACGGCGAGGAAGUACCAGAGGACAUAAGGAAGUGGACGGUGAACGACGUCUACAACUUCAUCAGCAGUAUACCAACAUGUUCAGAAUACGCUCAGACGUUUAAGGACCACAUGAUUGAUGGAGAAACACUGCCGCUUCUUUCAGAGGAGCACCUCCUGGACACGCUAGGGCUCAAACUAGGACCGGCUCUGAAAAUACGAUCACAGGUCUCCAGAAGAAUGGGCAGCAUGAUGUACAUGCUGAACCUGCCUCUCUCCGGCGCCGCUCUGCAGGCCGCCUCCGAAAAGCCAGGGGACCGCUCACCAGAAAUGGGCUCCCCUGUCAACUGCAACAGCGAGGACAUGGUGGCGAGCCCGAGAGACCCAGAGGUCAUCAAAUCCACUGAACAUCUUCAUGAGGCGGAAAACAGUUCCCCUCCUUCAGCCAGCAGUGAAAUGGCCUGA